UCAACAUAUCAUUCAAGGCCAAGGUGAUAGCACAUUGUAAAAAAAUGUGUGACAUCAUGAUAUACUAUUGACGUAAAUUAGAUUUUUGAAGCAUCGAGAUAAGUGGAGAUUACGAAUAUGCAAAACAGUCAAGGAGAAUAUUGCAGCCGAUCACUAAAUGAGUGUUAAACGUAGAAAACUUGCUUUGCUGGGAUUGAAAGGUACAGAAUGAAGAUGCAUAGCGCUGCCGUCUGAUUUAUAAAAAAGCGAGUCAUUUUAACUGAACAGGUUUCGCGAGAAGCGUUGUUGAGAAUAUUCGACUUUGUGACGUCACGAUCUCUGGAAGUUGCAAAGGAAUUGGCCAAUAGCAAGCAAACCUUUUAAAUGCAAAUAUCAGAAAAAGAACAAUUUACCAAUACACGACUGCUUUCCAAGGGUUUCCUCAGACGCAUCCCAUCGCCAAGCUUCAGAAUUCAACACACGAAAAGUGUACUAUCACAGGUACAAUGAAUGUUGUUGUAACUAUAUCUCUUGUUCUUCAUCUAAUAUGGCUGGCUCAAGGAACAAUCAUAUACUCUGCUCAAUGCCGAUCAAGAUGUCAUUCCUUGUUUAAUCCACGAAGAGAAGAGCGCAAGUUGAAGCAGUGUAUAUCUCCAUGCGAUAAAGACGACCAAACUCUAAGCAACUGUAGGAACUUUUGUGAAAAGCAGUGGACCUCCGACAUUGCACCGUGUCAUUAUUCAUGUAAAAAUUUGAAAAGUCUUCAAAGAUAUGACUAUGGGACAGGUUCAUGUUCUUUGAGAAAACAAAAAUCAUUCGACAAUUACUGCGAUAGAAUUCAGAAAUGCCAAGGACUCAAAAAAUGUUGUUCAAGAACGAAUACAUGCGAGAAUAUUAUCGUUAAUGGUGAAGAAGUUGAGAUUAAAGUUGAAGCAGUGACAAAGUCAUCAGUGGUGAUAAAAUGGCAGAAAAGCAACAUAACAAAUGCAGUGUAUAUCAUACAACUACGAGAGCUCAAUAGUAGAACAAUAUACUACAAAGAAAAAGAUUGGUUUGCUUGGGAGCAAAUCCUACAGACUACUAAAGUAAAUGGAAUUAAGGUUACCAAUCUACCUUAUGGAAUACGUCUGCAGUUCAGAAUAGCUGUUGUGAAUAUCAGUGGAUUGCAAAGUGUUGGACCACCCACACCUGUCAUAAGGACUCUGUAUAAUGCAAGUAAGCCCAGUGGACCACAGCAGAUAUGGGUGAUAAAAAAGACAUAUUUUAAAGGAUCUGUAAGCAUUACCUUAAAUUGGAAACCACCAGCAAUACUAGAUGUCCCAGUUCAUAGUUAUCGAAUCUAUUGGAAAAAAAUUGCUCAAGUGACCACUGAUCUUGCUGUUACAACUAAGAAGAGGACUCGUGUCAAAGGCUUGCAAUAUAAUUAUACAAUACAUAAUCUUCAACCUGACUCUCGAUAUCACAUUGAAAUUCAAGCAGUUUGUCUUUGGAAAAAAAAUCGUCUGAAAAGCCCCAAAGUUGCCUUAAAUGUUUCCACUGGCCACAUUAAAGAUGAUGGGCAUGGUGUAGUUGAUGUCUAUAUCAUGAAAGAAACAAAAAAAGAUAAAGACAACCAUUCACCAAUAUAUUUUGACCAAAACAACAAAGAUGUAAAAGUUUUAACAAACGAAAAAGUUGUUACUACAGUUUUAUCGCCGUCAAAAAAAGACCGAAAAGAACACUCAGACAAUUCUUCAACACGAAGGUGUUCAUUCAUAUGGUUAAUUACGAUGUGGAUAACUUGUUUUCGUGUAACAACGGACGCUGUUUAACAAUUCAAAACAAGCGACCAUGGAUGGAAAUAGCUUCGCUUAAGAUGCAAAGUGUGCACUAUCUAAUGUAGUGGAACAAAACCAAUAUGCUUCAAAAGAAACAAAUAGAACUUACCAUAAUGGUGCAUCGAAACCAGUUCCUUCAUAUCAGAAUGACGGCAUGUGGGUCUGUUCGUGAAUUGUUUUGCACCACAAGGAACUGUGUUUGUCGACUUUAAUAUUAUGUGCACGUGUUUUAAACUUUAAAGCAUAAAUUACGAAGGUAGAAAUCGGACUUUUUCAUAAAAGAACGUUGAAGUGCUGUGAUAUCGUGAUUAUUCGUUCUUUGGACGAGGAAAAGAGGACUAGACAGAGGAAAUAGAUAUUCUAAGAAAACUUCAUCGCCAUCGUAAAUCGUAUUUCCGGUUGGAAAAUUUCUGCAACUUUACUACUUGAUGUUUUCUUGAAAAAUUUAGGUAAUACUAGAGCAAAAUGUAGUGGUUCAGAACUAGGUUGAACUAAAAAUGUUUGUUUUACAAGUUUGUUAGGAACGAAUUUUAAGAAUGCGUUUACUUCUGAAGAAAGAGCAUGCGCACUUACAUACUCUGCGUUGUAAGAGAGAAGAUUGUAUAUAAAUGUUGUUUCAUGUAAAUUGUUAAUUUAUAACACUUCUGUUUCACUGACAUGUGUAAAUGCAGGAGAUGUAUAAGUUUGACGUUCACCCAUCGCUUAAAAGUUAUUGUUAAGAAAUAAUGAAACUUUCAUCCCACACAAUGAAAUUUAUUUGUUGUUGUUUUGUGAGAGAUGUUUUAAUUAAAAACCAGAUAACUAUCUGUAUUCAUACUAGUCAACUCGAUCAGUUGACUUUUCAUUGCUUA